CACAGAAAAUUUCAGUUAAAUCUAAUUGUUUAUAUCUAGAACGUAAUAAUUUGCUGAAAAUUUUUAUUGGUCCAUUGUGGAUAAAUCUAAACGGCUGGCCGCUAUGAACGAUUCGGUGCGCUAUGAGCGCUGCCAGCCAAUGCUGGGCGUGCUAAGCGAAUCCCAAGAGGGCAUCGGCGCAUCCGAAUCGGAUGUACCCCAGGGAAUUGGUAACGUGCUGUGCACACAUGACGGCGUGCUUUUGAAGAAGGCCAAUGCGGAACAUAUUGCUGAAUUGAAUACCAGCGGCUCCCUGUCCCUGGUCGAGUACAGCCUGCCGCGUCGUCGCGUGUAUGUGGAGUGGCAUCUAAAUGAUAACAUUAUGAUAGCCGACGAUAGCCAGGAUCAGGGCGAUUGGGCGCUGGUGGAUACAAUAGCGGGUCGCACACGCACCACAUCCGAGUGCAGCGCCUUCAAUACAAAGCCCGCAGAGCUGGGCAGCAAUGGCAAUGUUGCGCCAGCUCGUGCUCGAAUAAUGCGCGCCCUAUUGGAGGAUUUGGCUGCCGUUGAGGUGCAGCAUCGUGGCCAGACAUUACGAUUCCUGCGCAAAUCGGAUAACGGCGUGCACUGCGAGUUCUUCUUUCAGCACGGCAACGCGGAUCUCUUUGUGCGUUCCAUGCGUCAGCAGCAUUUCAUUGAGAGCUCCGAAGCAGGUCGCAGCGGCGGCGAGGUGUACGCCAUAUUGAACACGGAAAACCAGAAGCUGAAAAAGACAUUUGCCGAACUGGAUAUUGGCGAGAUUAAGGCUACCCAAUUGCCCAGAGAAAGCUGGCUGCCCAAUAAAUUAGCUGGCUUUCUCGGCAAUAUACCGGACUAUGUGCAGCCGCCGUUUCAACGGUCGCCCAAAUCGCGUCCCGGUUCGCUGGUGCACGGCGAUCGCCAGAACUCACCGGACAACUAUCAGUUUAUCAAGCUAAGCGGCAGCACGAACAGCGCCUGCUCCUCGAACAGCCAGAGUCGCGGCGAGAGUGCCGACAAAUCGCCAGCGGAUAGUGAACUGGAGAACCUGAAUGCCCAGGAUGAGAAAAUAGUCAACAAUUUGCCAGCACGCCAGAGCGUGCAACGUGGCCAACCGCUCAACGAGGCGCAGUGGUUGGAAUUUAAGACGCGCGACGGUCGCAUCUCGGAUAGCUUACGUAUCAAAGAGCUCAUCUUUCGCGGUGGCAUUGUGCCCAGUCUGCGCGCAGAGGUCUGGAAAUAUUUAUUAAACUACUAUGAAUGGUCGGACACGGAACUGGAGCGCAUCGAGCGGCGCAGCCAAAAGACAAAAGAAUACUAUAAAAUGAAGGCACAAUGGCUGGCCAUGACCACCGCCCAGGAGGCAAACUUUAGCGGAUAUCGGGAUCGAAAGUGCCAAAUCGAGAAGGAUGUGAAGCGCACGGACCGUUCGCAACAGUUUUUCGCCGGCGAGGAUAAUCCAAAUCUGAUGCUCUUGCAAGGCAUACUCAUGACCUAUGUAAUGUACAAUUUUGAUCUGGGCUACGUCCAGGGCAUGUCCGAUCUGUUGGCACCCAUACUCGAGAUUCAGGUUAAUGAGGUGGAUGCGUUUUGGUGUUUUGUCGGCUUCAUGGACAUGGUGUUCAGCAACUUUGACAUGGAUCAGGCUGGCAUGAAGACGCAAUUUGCGCAACUGCGUCGUCUCCUGGAGGUGGCCAAUGCGCCGCUCUUCAAAUACAUGUGCAGUCAUGAAUCGGAUAACAUGUACUUCUGUUUCCGUUGGUUGCUCGUCUGGUAUAAGCGGGAGCUGGACAACGACGAUGUGCUCAAGCUCUGGGAGUGCCUGUGGACGCGUCUGCCUUGUGCCAACUUUCACCUGCUCUUCUCGGUGGCCAUACUGGACCAGGAGACGAACGUGAUUAUUGAUAGAAAAUACGAAUUCACCGAAAUCCUAAAACAUGUCAACGAGCUAACCGGCAACAUCGAUUUGAAACGCACUCUGGAAACAGCCGAGGCCAUCUACCUACAGCUGAAGGCAUCGGAGGCGUUGCCCAAUGAUAUACGCCACAUCAUUGGCGAGCCAUUGCUGCCCCUGGCUGCUGGCGAGGAGCGGGAGGAUGAUGAGAAUGCCUAUUCGGAUGAUGGCUUUGAUGAGCUGCGCGAGCUGACGCCGGAGGAGAAGCGACGCAAUCAGGAACUGCUCGAGGAGGCAUUCGAGCGAUCCCUGUUCAUGCAACACAUAUAGUUCGAGCCAGGAGCAAAGCCAAAACCAUACCAAGCCGAUGGCAUAAACAUGCGCAAACUAUUUAGCUCUAUAGCCUUUAAGACUCAAAGUUUACUAUCGUGUCGAGGUGAGGCCCCUCUCGGCGCAGGGGGCUUCGCUGUUGAAGUGCUUUAAAUGCUAAUGCACAGAUUUAUACAUUGUAUAUUAUACAUGUUUGUACGUUUUUGUAUUUAUUGUAAGUUCUUUUCUAAUCCCAGACCUUCAAUUGGCUUAAGCGAUCGGUCCUAAACUAGGAAAACAAUAUUUUCAACGAUAUUUUUACAGCGAAAUAAGAGUUAGACGUCAAUUUAUCUACCGAAAUUUUGAUUUAUCGCAUUGCUAAAAGCAGCUUUUAUUGCCUCUAGUUAAGUUAAACUCGAUUACUGUGAAUAUACAUGCAUAUAUCUAUGAAUUGCGUAGUAAAAACAAAAACAACAGGAAAA